GCCGAGCAUUAAGGAAAGGCCAAAGUACCAGGCUAUAUUCGGUGGAGCAUGCCAAAUAAAUCUUUACACACGCGUGAGCCGUUAGAGUCACAAUAGCUGCAAGUUUUGGGUAGAAUGGAUCUCUUGAUGAUAUGCAGCUGUGUGUUUCUCCUGACAGUGAAUCCCGCGUAUUCCAAACCCAGGAUUGUGGACCUUACCCACAAACAGGAUAAGGACUCUAUCACGUGGCCCACCAACCCGGCGUAUAACUUUACCGUGCUCUACCGAGGAUUUUCGACAUACUACAAUUCCUGGAUUGAAAACAACCAUUUUGCCAUGCCAGAGCACAUGGGGACUCACAUUGACGCGCCGGUCCACGCCGCAGAGGGUGCCUGGAAGAUCCAUCAAAUCCCGAUGGAAAAAUUGUACGGACCAGGAGUCAUUAUAAAUGUCAAAUCCAAGGUUGCGAACAAUCCGGAUUACAGAGUUUCAACCGAUGAUUUGUCGGCAUGGGAGGAAAAAUACGGAGAGAUUCCCAGACACGCUGUGGUUGUGAUGAACUCAGGUUGGUCUAAAAAAUAUCCAGAUCCAAAUCUUGUUUAUGGAACCUCUCUACCCAACGAUACCACAUCGUUUCAUUUCCCUAGCUGGCACGAGGAAGCCGUCACGUGGUUGAUAACCAAACGACAGGUCAACGCCGUUGGUGUCGACACUCCCUCUACGGACUAUGGACAAACCAACACAUUUCCCUGUCACAUCAUAUUGGGAAAACAUAAUAUAGUGGGAAUAGAACACGUAGCGAAUCUGGACAACAUUCCGGAAAGUGGCAGCGUCGUCUAUAUGCCCGUACUUAAGAUUUUUGAUGGAAGCGGUGGACCAACUCGACUUUUCGGAACAUAUGACGACGAACCGAACAAAACAAAUGCUGCCAUGUAUUUCAUGAGUACCGCAAUCUACAUAUACCUCUUGCAAAUGAUGACAAUCUUCGUUUACCAAUAUUGAAUAUAACCCAAUGUCCCAUUAAUCCCUGUACGCUUAAUACUAAUGCACAUAUCUAAAUGUUUGUUGUAUAAGUUUAACAGAAAGGAGCAACGUUUUCAAAAAAAUGUACAUUAUUCAUUCAUAUUUUGUAUUCUUCAGUAAAUAUUUCGAGUCCCUUAGUUAAACUCAAAUGCC